AUGCAAGAUUCAGACAAAGUGACAUUACUGGAAUACCUGCAAAAUGGUCCGGCGGAGGCUCCCGAGGUGCUUUUGGACAAACUUUCGACCAUCAACACCAGAAACUCGAAACUCUUGUACACACACAAAGACAUCCGUCACAUUGGGGAUUUCUCCGAAUUUAAGAUUAACGAGGUUAUCGCACUGUUCGGCUCGCUGCUGCGCUCAACACACAUUAGCGAUUGGCCUUUCUCCGACAACCCAGUAGAAGGCAUCAUAACCGAAACAACGAUCACGGCCAGGAUCAUCGAGCAGUUCAAGCCACGAUUGCGGUACGGAAUGGCGUCUGGAUUUAAUGAGUUGAAAACGAACAAGAGAUAUGAGGAAUACCGCAAAGAAUACACGACCGUUAAAUACAGUGAAGGUGCAAUGGCACGCACCAUCGACAAGUUUACCCCUGAUCUUGCCUUUUUUGACCCAACUUUAAUGCCUCGCGUGAGAUCGAACAGGCUUCCCGGCGAAGUAAAACCGUCCUAUAAAUGGAGUUCAUCAAUGAAAUAUGAGGAAGACAAAUUUCCCCAGACGGAGUUCAGACAGGUCCUUGCCCAGCUGAAUUACUACAUGAUACAGCACCAUACACGCUAUGGUUUCGUGAUCACGAACAAAGAGUUGGUUGCAGUCAGACGAUUGGAUAGGGAGGGAAACCUACAGAUUUCCGAGUCUGUCCCUUGGACAGCGCGCGGAACUGCAGACGAACCAUGCAUGACUGUCCUUCUUGGUCUUUGGGUCUUGGGAAUGCUCGCAGCGAACGAUAAAUAUUGGUACCUAAACUGA